AUGCAAACGAAGCCGAAGCCUUGCGCCAACAGCAGCCUUGAAUCAUUAUCAUCUCCUUGCCUUCUAUCCAUUUCCAUCAAAUAUCAAGCGUGCUCAGUGUCGUACGCGCUCACAGACGUCAUGGCAACGGCAAUCCACGCCAACCCCGCGCAGCUCCCCCUUGGCCAGCAGCUCGCGCAGCUCCGCGCCAUCCUCUGCACAAACAAGACGCUCGUCACGGUUCUCGAGCGCGUCGCCACCCUCGGCAUGCCAAACUGGUAUCUCGCUGCCGGCGCCGUCUCGCAGACGGUCUGGAACCACAUGUCGGGCCUGGCACCGGACACGGGCAUCUCCGACUACGACGUCGUCUACCACGACGACCGCGACCUCUCGUGGGACGCGGAAGACGCGUACAUCCAAAAGGCCAAGGCGCUCUUUUCGGACAUGCCGCACGUCGAGGUUGAGAUUCGCAACCAGGCGCGCGUGCAUCUGUGGUUCGAGAGCAAGUACGGAGGCAAGUGCGCGCCGCACGCGAGCGUCGAGGCGGGCAUCGACUCGUGGAUCUCGACUAGUGCCAUGAUUGGGAUACGUCUGGACGGAGAUGAGCAUGCGUGGUCGGUAUAUGCUCCAAGAGGCUUGUCAGACUACUUCAACAUGGUUGCGAGACCGAAUGCUGCGCUUGGGUCAAAGGAACAUUACGACAAAAAGGCAGCGAGAUGGAAGGGUAUAUGGGACAAGCUCACAGUUGAGCCCUGGCCAACAGACUGA